CUGGUGUGGUUGGGUAAUGAGUGAAUGACAAGGCCAAACUGUUAUCAUAAUUCUGUCCACUUCCUAUGGAUUUGGGCUGCCAUAACUGUAAGCUCUGUGGUACAUCAGCAGUUCAUAGAUUCCCUGUGCCUGUAUCCCCAGCCUGUUACUAAGGGACAUUCAGUAGGAAAUAAGGAAGAAAUGAGAGACAAAUGGGGGAGAAAGUGCCUGUGGGUAUAAGUUGUGCAAAAUAUUAAUAAGUGUGAUUCUAAUUCAGUAAAUAGCAAAUAACAGUAAAUAUCAUCAUUUCAAAACUAUAAUUAUGUCAAAUGAAGAGAAAGAUACUAAGAUAACAAUUAAUGAAAAAGAAGAAGAGGAAUAUCAGCGUUCCUGCAUGAGGAAGAUCUCCCGGAUCGUGGUUCUACUUUUGAUUGGACUCCUUGCUACCUGCUAUUAUAUAUUUGUGGUGGAGCUGUGCAUAUUCACUGUACAGUUAUUAGAGGCAAAGGUGACUUUCCUGGUGAUUUUCCACCUUUUGUUCCUCCUGUGCGUGUGGUGCUAUCUCCGGACUGUUAUGAUGCCUCCCGUUGUCCCUCCUGAAAAAUUCCGCCCAUCGGAGUCUGACAAGCAGCUGUACCUGAGUGAUGAGAGGCCACAAGUGCUGCAGGAGAUCCUCAUUCGUAUGGCUAAAGACUUGCAUAUUAAGAAGGCUGUAAGGUACUGUACCACAUGCCAUGUGAUAAAGCCAGACAGGUGCCACCAUUGCCCAGUGUGUAACGUCUGUAUACUGAAACUGGAUCAUCACUGCGGAUUUCUAAACAACUGUGUGGGAUUCUCCAACUACAAGUUCUUCCUCCUCGCUGUGAUGUAUGGAGUGCUAUUGUGCAUAUUCACUAGCGCAGUGUCGCUUUAUUGCUCCAUACUAUUCUGGACUCAUCAGCUGCCCAACAGCCCAUCCAAAGUCCCCAUCAUUGUGCUGUUCAGCCUGACCACGUUCUUCGCUAUAAUGCUAUUCCAACUUUUCCUCGAUCAUUUCGAACUGGCUCUGAGGAAUAUAACUGAUCGGGAGGACAGUGAUAACACAGAGGAGUUUAAUCCCUAUAACUUGGGCUUCAGCAAGAAUCUGAGAGAAGUGUUUGGCAAUGAAAAGAAAUACUGGUUCCUCCCAAUCUUCAGCAGUUUAGGAGAUGGCUUCUCAUUCCCAAUGGGUGAGGUCACAAUGGACAUAGAGAAAAAUGCUGCUAUUGCUGCCAAACCCCCAAGUGAGUCCAACAGUCAACUACUGGAAGUGAAAACCACCCAGAAAAGUUAGAAGGGACUCAUGUAGCAGAGCAUUUCUGUUAUUUCUGCAAUCAGUUAUGAGGAAGUUGAUGGGAUUCUGACUGUGGAUGUUGCCACUUCUCCAAGGAAAU